CAGAUAAGUUGGAAAAUAGUGAAAUGAAACCGGUAUAAAUAAGGGCCAAAUUUAUUAUUCGAAUUUAGUACUUUCUACCAGCUCUAGAGGGAUGACAAGAUGAAUCCACACAAAUGUCAUCAUCACGACCAUCAAAAAGGUUACCACUCGCGAGAUUAUCCAGAUAAAUGUCACCAAUGUUGUUGUUGUUGUCAUCAAUACCAUCAUCACGACCACCACCCAGUAACAACAGACUACUACUGGCGAGAUUAUACCGGCGAAAUACCUGAAGACGCAUUCCGGAGUGGACACGAUUCAAACCAUAGACCCACCUAUAUUGGUCAAGCAUUUUUAUCCGACAUGGGAAUUAUACCAACAACUCUUUACCCUGGUCAAGAAAGUUUGAAAUUACCCUGUAACUGGAAAGUGAAUUACUCGGAUAUCGGCAUCAAAAUACUUUGUACUUCGAACUGCAGUUCUCUUUCUUGGGAAAACACCACCGCUAACGAACUACAUUUGACUUCAGCUGGCAAACGAGCAGUCAUUGGGGGCUACCAAAAGGGUCAGAAGAGACUGCUACUCAACAUUGGACGGGUGCACCACCAUGGAGAACUGCUUGUGGGAAAAGUGCACGGGAAUGUACCAGGAGAGGCAGUAAUGUACUUUGUUGCUGGUCACAAGGAAAUCGCUGCUGAGUCGUAUCAAGUUUUAAUACAGAGUACAAAUUCGUGCUAAUACGUUAUUUGGCAGUUCGGUAUACAACUGUUUUUCGAAAACUAGUUAAAAAACGUUUGAAUGUCACACAAAAAAUAUGUAUUUUAAAUGGAUUACGUAGAUUUGAUGAAGGAGAGAGAGAGGGCGAGAGAGAGAGAUAAAGAUAAUCUAUUUAUUUGUUAUUCUAUGUCCUUAAUCCCACUAACGUAAACAAUAGCUGGAAUAUAUAUAAAUCUACAGGU